AUGGCGACGACUCAUUUGAUCAUCGUUUUCAUUGCAACACUCGGUGUUCUCGCAAGUGCAAUCUCUGCCAAGGAAUACAUUGUUGGGGAUGAAAGCGGUUGGACUCUCGGUUUCGACUAUCAAAGUUGGGCCAAGGAUAAAGUUUUCUUCGUUGGAGAUACACUCGUGUUCAAUUAUGCGUCUGGCACACAUACAGUGGUGAAAGUAAACGGGACUGGUUUCCAACAAUGUAUCGUCUCACCAGCCAUUGGAACCUUGACAAGUGGACAAGACGUUGUUCCCCUUCAAACCCCUGGAAGGAAAUGGUACAUUUGUGGUGUUGGAAAACAUUGCGAGUCAAAAAACAUGAAACUGGUCAUCACGGUUUUGCCACUGACGAUGGCUCCGGCUCCAAGCCCAAUGGCAACAUCGGCAUCUAGCAAAUUGGUGAUAUCAACAUUCUAUGGCUCUGCAGCUGCAUUGUUCGGCAGUCUUUUAUUGCUCUUUCUUUGA